AUGGGAUUGAUUGGAAGUGGACGUGUGUGGGUAGAGAGGGGGGCAGGAAUCGAAGAUUUGGUGACCCUAGGUCUAAAUCAAUGUCUCUCUCUACCAGCUGUCGUGUCGGUGAUGCUGAGUGGAGAUACGGCAUGGAGGGCCGUAGCCACCUUCUGUGAGAAGGUAAUGGUCCAGAAGGAGGCUGCUGAGCGAGAGAGAGAGAGAGAGAAUGGAUCCCACCCGGAGGCGGGGCCGCAGACAUGCUCGCGCAUCUCUUCAUGGCCCUUUAAA